AUGGAUUCGAAGGUCGUCGAGCGUGAUUCGAAACGUCAGAAACUGGAGGAGGAUGAGAAAUUGGAAGAACAUCAGAAGAUGGAAGACGAUGAGAAAUCGGAAGAACAUGAGAAGGUCGAGGAGGAUGAGAAAUUGGAGGAGGUGUCUUCGCCGUCCACCGAAGAGUGGGACGAUGAAGAUGUUCGAUUAUUUGAAGAAGAACACAAAAGAAGUGGUGAUUACGACUUUGACGACUCAAAAGUAGGAGGCCUUGUGGGUUUUCAUCGUGUUGUCUUCGAGGAUAGAGAGUUUGCUACAGAACCGGAAACAGACGGAGAUUUAGUUGAAAGAUUAUCAAAGAUCGCUCUUAAGAAACACAAUGAUGAUAAGAAUACAAAUCUUGAAUUAGUGAGAGCUGUGAAAGCUAAUUGGAAUCAUGGCGGAGGAUACAUUUUCUCCAUCACACUCGAGGCCAAGGAUGCUUCUUCUUCGCACACUGAGCCUAUACCUUUUCAUGCUAAGGUUGGCUACCUUCAUGGGGACACAAAGGUUUACCAUAUCAAUCCUAAACCAUGA